ACUGUAAAUUGCACGGGGCGGGAGAAACGGGACGCGCUCCUACGGUGGGUGGGCGGCAUGAGCGGGCAGCUACGGUGGCCUACUGUACUACUUAGGUUGGCAGAGCACAGUGCACCCGCGCAACAAGCACAAGCGCAACGACACCUCAGCAACCGUCCUCUCUCCUAGUCCUCUCAUCGACAUUUCUCUCUUCUUCAUCACUCCUUUACUCACCAUCACCACCCCCAUCUCAAGAGAGGACCUUCCCCCAUCCUCUCACCCCCCUCCCCCCGACCAGUGCAUGCGAGACGGUCCUCCUGCAUCGCAAUCCUCCUCUCUCCCCUCCUCCCUCCCUUCUUCCCUCCCGCCCUCGCGCGACUCCUCCCCCUCGCCCGAACCGCUCACUCCGAGCCCCCACUCCCCGCCUUCCCUCCUCCGACGCCGUCCUAGGCCCCUGCCCACCGUGCCCGGAUCCAUGUUCUCCUCCCGCAAGUACACACCCCUCCCCACCAGCGCGGAGGGGCAUCGGCGGAAACGUGUCGGCGGCUUUGCCGCUUGGAAGCGGUAUGCUGCCAUCGGCGCUGUCGCUGCCCUCGUCCUAAUUAUCGGCUUCUCCUCCAUGGGGAGUAGCAAGGAUGUUAGCGUAAACGAUGAUGGGUACACCCCCAGCGCCGACUUGGGUUACGAGCCGGUUGCCGCGGAGCAGGGCGACGACGAGGACUACACGCCUCCCCCAGCUGGAAGCGCCGCUCCCGUCGACCACGCUCCCGUUGAUCACAACGACGAGGAUCAGCCUGACCUGGGAGCCGGCACCGACAAGACCCCUGUCGAGACCGCCCCACCUUCGACCCCUGCCGCGGACGAGGAUGAUGGGACGGAGAACGAGCCAGUCUCGGAUGGGAAAGAACACCCAACCUCCUUUGAGACCGACCCCGACGCCUCGUCCACAACUCACUGCUCCACUGCCUAUGGCGAGAAGCCCCUCGUUCAGUACGCGCUCACAAUUGACGCCGGCUCGACUGGCUCGCGCAUUCACGUCUACAAGUUCCACAACUGCGGGCCCUCGCCCCAGCUCGAGUACGAGACGUUCAAGAUGCUCAAGCCCGGACUGUCGUCGUACAAGGAUGACCCCACUGCGGCCGCUGCGUCCCUUGAUGAGCUCAUGGAGGAGGCUCAGCGUGUAGUGCCCAAGUCGCUGUGGAACUGCUCGCCCGUCGAGGUCAAGGCGACGGCUGGUCUUCGCCUCCUCGGCGAGAAGCAGUCGAGCGCGAUCCUCGAAGAGGUCCGUAACCACCUCGAGACCAAGUACAAGUUCCCGGUGCCCGAAGGCGCGAUCGAGAUCAUGGAGGGCAAAGACGAGGGUGUCUACGCCUGGAUCACGGCCAACUACCUUCUCGGCAAGAUUGGCGAGGGUGUCAAGACGACCGACACGCUUGCCGUCAUGGACCUCGGUGGCGCUUCUACCCAGAUUGUUUUCGAGCCCGACUUUACCUCGUCGAGCGACGACUUCCACGAGGGUGACCACAAGUACAACCUCCGCUUCAUGGGCAAGGACCACGUCCUUUACCAGCACUCUUACCUCAACUACGGUCUGAUGCGCGCGCGCCGCAGCGUCCACAACCUCGUGGCGUUCAUGUGGCAGUUCACGCAGAGCGGUGAAUGGGAUGCUCUCACUGAGGAGGUAGAGGUGCCCAACGCCUGCCUGUCGCGCGGCACGACCCGUCGCGUCACCCUUGACCCACCGGGGCGUUCGGCCGUCAACGUGACCAUGGCUGGUGGGAACGGCGGGUACGAGGCGUGCAAGCGUACUGUCGAGCUUGUGAUGGGCAAGGACGCGCUGUGCAAGGUCGCACCAUGCUCUUUCAACGGCGUGUACCAGCCUGCGCUGAUCGACCACUUCCCUCGCGGCGACUUCCUCGCGCUUUCGUACUUUACGGACCGGAUCAAGCCUUUGCUUGCGCCCAAGGCCAGCAGCCUGACUCUCAAGGACCUUAAGAGCAUAGCGUCGGACGUGUGCGACGGCCCCACGGCGUGGGAGAAGCGCUGGGGCGACAACACGGAGGCGAUGGAGGAGCUCAAAGACCGCCCAGAGUACUGCCUUGACCUUACGUUCAUGGUUGGCCUCCUUGGGUUGGGCUACGAGAUUCACGACGACCGGACGCUGCUUGUUGAGAAGCAGCUGCGUGGUGUCGAGCUCGGCUGGGCGCUAGGCGCUGGACUUGCGCUCGUCGAGAAGGCCGACCUGAAGUGCGUGGUGUAAGCGCCGUCGCACUCUUCAGCGCUCGCACAUUGCCACGAUUAGACCAUCUUUACAACAAGACACUCGUUUGUCUCCACUGUCCCAUAGACUAUACUAUAUGCACCGGUC